UAUUUAGUGUCAUCAUUUAUAUUUGUGAGUAUGCGCCAUCUAGAGGAAAACAGCUUUAUGUCGCAUAUAAACAGAUAGCAAGCAACACUAGCAGCUGAAUGGAUUGCAGCACGUGAACUACUCUCAUAGCAAAUUAAGUAAAUAUAUAAAGACGAGCUGACUUCAUGACCAGGUCAUCAUCAUGUCCCAGCAUGCUUUGCUCUCAGCUGGAUGUAAAGCUUGGAGGUCACUUUCAUGCCCAAAAUCAGAGCUCUGGCUGAACCUCACACUGGGAUGUGGACAGACCUUCCGGUGGCGUGAGACUGCAGAUGGACACUGGACUGGAGUAAUGCAGGGAAAAGUCUGGACACUGACUCAAACAGAGAACACAUUAUGGUACUAUGUUUAUGGUUAUCAGAUAAAUGCCGAAGAAGACAAUGGAGUUAAGUGUAAGAUUAAAGAAGAGAAGAGCUCAAAAGUCAUGAUUAACAUGAAUCAGGUAGAGGGAGACUUAUGUACAGUGAUGUCAGAACUGGACAACAAAGAUGAGGAACGUCUGAGGGAAUAUUUCCAACUGGAUGUUAAAUUAGGAGACCUUUACAGAGACUGGAGCACACUGGACCCACACUUUAAACAAAUAGCCAAUGUCUUCACAGGAGUGCGUAUGUUGCGUCAAGACCCCGUGGAGUGCCUAUUCGCAUUCAUUUGUAGCUCUAAUAAUCACAUCUCACGGAUUCAGGGCAUGAUUGACCGACUGUGUCAGACACUCGGGACGUCCCUCUGCACACUCGAUGGUGUGGCCUACCAUGAUUUUCCCUCUUUGCAAGUUCUUGCAGAUGACAGCGUGGAGAAGCGUUUGCGUGAUUUAGGUUUUGGUUACCGUGCCCGAUUCCUGCAACAGAGCGCUCAGAUUAUUGUGAACUCUCGUGGUCCAGACUGGCUCAAGUCACUCCGCAGCGCCCCCUACAUACAAGCCAGAGAUGCACUUAGAGCACUUCCUGGAGUUGGUCUAAAAGUGGCCGACUGUGUGUGUCUGAUGUCAUUGGACAAAUCUGAGGCUGUUCCUGUGGACACACAUGUGUGGCAGAUCUCCAGACGUGACUACAACUGUGAUGCUGGUAGUACGCAAAAAACCCUGACUGACAAAGUCUACAAAGACAUUUGUGAUUUCUUUCGAAAUCUCUGGGGUCCUUAUGCUGGCUGGGCUCACUCUAUACUUUUUUGUGCUGAUUUAAAAAGAUUUCAGAAGCUAAAGGAAGAUAUUCCUGUACUGAAAGAUGAGAAAACAGAGCCAAAUAAGAUGAAAGUAAAAAGAGAUGACGGAGAUGAAGAAAAACAGAAAAAGAGGAAAAACAGCAAGAAGCGUCAGAGGAUAUAACUCUGUGAAUAAUGUCCAUCAUGUAAUCUUAUCUGCUCAAACUACAGCCAGCCUGCUUUAAUACAGUGUGCUCUUUUAUAUUAGUGUACACAAAUCUGUUGCAUUAAAGUGCACCUAUUUCAUUGCUAAAAAACAAAGUUAUUUUGUGUACUUGGUAUAAUACAAUGUGUUUGUGUGGUUUAUGGUUAAAACACAUUCUUUUCCACAUACUGUACAUUUUUGUAGCUCCAGAUACACUGCUUUCCUCAAAUGCUCUGAUUUUGUAAAUUCUUAUCAAUCUGAAAAGCUCUGUGUCCCUGAAUUGUACUCUGUACAUUGUGAUUGGCCUGAAUACCUCUGACGUCAGCCAUAAAUGUGACGCUCCUUACCAUGUUUGAAAGAUUACAAGUAAAAUUACAAGUAGUUGGUUCCACUUAUCAAGUGGAAAAUGCUUCGUGUGGUUGAUUAAUCCUGAUUAAUCCAGUUGUUGUUGUGACUACUGAGGUCAGGCACACCUGGAUUAAUUAGUUUGUUUGUGACUACUGAGGUCAGACACACCUGGAUAAUCAGUUUGUCCAAUAAUGGCAGAAAGGAAACGAGGAGCUGGCUGAAGUUCAGGAAGUAGUGCAGCUGGGCAUAAAGCCUAUUGUAAUGCAGCUUCUUUACAUACUUAUACCUGGCUAAACAAUCUAUGCUUUUUAUUGUCAGAAGAUCUCCUGUGAGUUUGUAAAAAGUAUUGAUGUGUUUUGGUUAAGAUAUUGAACAAAGAGGGUUUUGAAAGCAUAAAAGUACAUUUCUUCAAGUUUUUUUUCUAAGUUGGUUGCGUAAGUCACCAAAUUCAACCUUAUAUUAUUUAAAUCACUGUCUUGUUAUGUAAAACCACCAUUUUGAAACAUGUCAGCAACUGCUCGGGGAGCCAAAGUCUCAAAAGCUCAAUAAAAUGGGUUGAACCUGG